AAUUAUAAGAAAGAAAAAGAACCAACUUUUUUCACUUGUUCCAAAAGAAGCCGUUGCAGUUAAGUUGAUAGUUCAUGUUCAUCAUCUGAAAUGGUUUCAGUAACAAUUGGUUUCCAUGUUUCACCCAUUUCAACCAUAACAUCUCAAAGAAAACAUCUUCAUCGCUUUCAAGUCCAUCAACAAUCCCGUAACUUAGAUGUCUUAUCUUCUGAAUCUGAUUCAUUAAACAUAGCUUCUUUAGUUGUUGACACAAACCAAAAUGGUUCUACGAUUAAGGAGCAAAACAAGGUUUUGCGUUCUAGUAGAGUUGUUGAAGAGAAGAAGAGUAAUGAAGAACAAGUUGGUUUGGUACCUCUUUGGGAUGAUGGGUAUGGAAAUCGUACUGUGGAAGAUUACUUCUCUGUGGCUAAAGAUCUUUGCAAGAGUGAUGGUGGGCCACCACGUUGGUUUUGCCCAAAUGAAUGUGUUGUUCCUUUGAAUGAUUCUCCCACUCUUAUGUUUCUACCUGGGAUGGAUGGAACUGGAUUAGGUCUCUCUUUGCACCAUCAAGCUCUUGCCAAGUUUUUUGAAGUUCGUUGCUUCCAUAUUCCUGUUCAUGACCGAACGCCAUUUGAAGGGCUGGUGAAACUUGUUGAAGAAGCUGUUAAAAUUGAGCAUGCUCUAUCCCCAAAGAAGCCAAUUUAUCUGGUAGGUGAUUCCUUAGGUGGUUGCCUCGCACUUGCGGUUGCUGCUCGUAAUCCAACCGUUGAUCUAGUACUUAUUUUAGUCAAUCCUGCUACAUCCUUUGGUAGAUCUCAGUUACAACCUUUGUUACCUAUCUUGGAGGCUUUACCUGAUGAACUACAUGUAACUGUUCCAUUUCUUCUUAGUUUUGUCAUGGGUGAUCCAGUGAAGAUGGCAUCAGUCAAUAUCGGAAAUAAGCUUCCUCCUACAAAGAUAAUUGAACAACUGUCAUACAACCUUACUUCAUUGCUGCCAUGUCUUCCUGAGCUGGCUAAUAUUAUACCAAAAGACACUCUUCAUUGGAAAGUUAAACUUCUCAAAUCAGCUGCUGCAUAUACUAAUUCGCGUCUGCAUGCCGUCAAAGCUGAAGUACUUGUGCUAGCUAGUGGCAAGGAUAACAUGCUCCCCAGUGUAAAUGAAGCUCAAAGACUUGCUGGUACAUUGAAGAACUGCAAAGUUCGUAUCUUUAAGGACAACGGACACACCCUUCUUUUGGAAGAUUCUAUUGGUCUGUUGACAAUCAUCAAAGGGACUUGCAUGUACCGUCGUUCGAGGAGGCGUGAUUUGGUCAUGGACUUCCUUCCCCCCAGUACGACAGAAUUCAGAUAUGCAAUGGAUCAAGUAGUUGGAUUAUUUCGUUCUGUUACUGGAUCUGUGAUGUUCUCUACAUUAGAGGAUGGAACGAUUGUAAAAGGUCUGUCUGGUGUUCCAGAUGAAGGUCCUGUCUUAUUCGUUGGUUAUCACAUGUUGGUGGGAUUAGAACUUAUCUCACUUAUAGACGAAUUUAUAAGUCAGAAGGGUAUUGCUCUUCGUGGAAUAGCACAUCCCGAACUGUUUACAGGAAAAAUUGAGAGUUCUUCUUCUGAGUUUUCUUUGGUUGAUUGGGUUAAGGUAUUUGGUGGGGUGCCUGUUUCAGCAAGCAAUCUUUUUAAAUUACUUUCAACAAAAUCUCAUGUUCUACUAUAUCCCGGUGGCGCACGCGAGGCUCUUCAUUUUAAGGGUGAAGAAUACAAAUUGAUUUGGCCUGAUCAUCCAGAAUUUGUGAGAAUGGCAGCACGAUUUGGCGCCACCAUUGUGCCAUUUGGAGUUGUCGGUGAAGACGAUAUAGCUGAAAUAGUUCUUGACUACAACGACUUAAUGAAGAUUCCGUUAGUCAACGAUUACAUCAGAAGCAUUAAUCAAGACUCAGUUAAGUUUAGAGACGAGAGAAGUGGGGAGGUGGCAAACACAAAUUUAUCAUUUCCAGUGCUACUACCAAAAAUACCUGGUCGAUUUUACUAUCUAUUUGGGAAACCUAUAAGAAUGAAAGGAAUGGAGAAUUUAGUAAAAGACAAAGAAAAUGCCAACAAUUUGUACCUGAAGAUUAAGUCUGAAGUUGAACACAACAUAGAUUACUUGAUCAAGAAGAGGGAGGAAGAUCCUUAUAGGAAUUUAAUCGACAGGAAAUUGUAUCAGGCUUUAUAUCCAUCUGAAACUGAUCAAACCCCUGCAUUUAAGCCUUGAAAACUUGUUCAUCUAAUACAUUAUUAUUGUUGGUUAUUUUCAUGUAAUCAUAAUUAUUUGAACCUGAUAAAUAUAUGUGGACGGUCAUCAUUAAUAAAAUAAAUUAAUGGAGCUUUCUCUGUACCAAGAGAGUAUA